GCGAUGCAAAAAAGAACAGGUCCCCAGCUGCUUCUCUUAAUAGCCCUGUGCAGUGUGUUGUACUCCCGGACCCUGAGUCUACCGUACACAUCGAUGAGACCGACCAGACACGCAGACGGUCUCUUCACCAGCGGAUACAGCAAACUGCUGGGACAGCUGUCGGCACGGAGGUACCUGGAGUCCCUGAUCGGAAAAAGGGUCAGUGACGACGUGGUUGAGGAGCCAGUGAAGCGGCACUCAGACGCCAUCUUCACAGACAACUACAGCCGCUUCCGCAAACAGAUGGCCGUCAAGAAGUACCUGAACUCGGUGCUGACGGGCAGGAGAAGCCUAGAGGACCCCGUUGCCAGUGACAUAGAGGAGUCCAGAGGUCAGCCUGGCACCUACCAGGAGAGUUAUGACGACAUCAACGUAGAUGACCUCAUAAACAACUUUCAACUGCCGCUUUGAGGAGGGGCCAGUGCUCGUGUGAUUACCUCAAGUCAUCCUCAUACAACCGUCCAUCCCACUGAAAACGGC